AUGGAAGGGGUGCGAACGUGGCGCCGCGGCCGUCCGCGAAUUCAAGACGAAAAAAGUGUGAAUGACGUUGAGCAGAUGCGCCUCGCGCAAAGGUCGUAUCGGGCCCGGAAAGAAAAAGCACAACAAUCAGAAAAGAUUCGGGCUCAAGGGCUCAACAGUGCUCUUGAUGAUACAUUUGAAAUCUUUUCCACGCUCCAUCAGCGAAUUGUCAAUACCUCGCAGAUACAAAAUACGCCGGAUAUUCUCCUUCAUUUGAAUGAUGCCUCUAGACAGAUGGCUGCUAUUGCAUCUAGCUGCAACAAGGACUUACAAUUGCAAAAUAAUCCGAUGAAUAUGAGCCCAAGCUCUCCCGAACAAGCGCAUGGAACGACAAGCCAACCACCAGCUACUGACGUGAUCAGAGGACAAGACAAAGAGUGGAGGCCACAGCUUCCACUUGCAGCGCAGCUUCCAGCUUCAUAUCCGUUAGUUACCAGAGAUUCCAGGCUUAUGGCUAUAUCUCUACGGACCAAAACCUCCAGUAAGAUCUCGUUGCCAGCAAGGUUUAUUCGAGCGUGCUUCAAGCGUGCAGUAACCAUAUUAUCUAGCAGCGCAGUGCAUGGCAGCCAACAACUAGUCCUGACUCUUCCUCUUCAAUGGCUAGGAAAAGAUGCUGUGAUCAUCAAUUCUUUGCAAGUUCUGGAGUCAUUCCUUCCUUCUGUGGCUGAUUUUCAGUAUCCAUUACACUCCGCUCCCGGGCAACCGCACAUGUACCGUGUUGUUGAGGGUGGGACUAAGACCCUGCCCAGAGCGCCGGCUCCUUUGUUGCAGCGGAUAGCGAAGGGCAGAACAAGGACAAUGCUAGACACGCAUUUUCUGCCACUCCAAGGAGAAUGGCUCGAGGCCGUGGAUGUGGAGGAGUACCUGGAAGAGCGGGGAAUCUAUAUCCGCGACGCUAUCCGGGACGACAUGACUUCAACCGACGAGACUUUAUACGAAAACAUCGCCUCAGGCAUCGAGCAGAAUACACCUGUACUCGCUCCGUCAAGUACACCCUCACAGCUAGAUGUAUCGCUAUCUACCGACUUCCGUGGGCACGAGGCUUCGGACUAUUCUGUCUUUGGGCUUCCGUGGGUAAAACCAUUGACACGUUCUGCCAAUGGCCAGCCCCUUCCAAACACUAUAGCAGAUGUUCCCUCAACUGAAUUAUCGAGCGUUCCGCAGUCGAGUUUCAAGCCCCAGGCAACCCAAAUUCCUACAAAAGCGUCUCAAAUCAAUGUCGACCUUGAUAAACUGAUACAUCUGCUCGCGGAAAACGCUAUGUGCCUUGGUCCCACCCCCGGAAUUAGGAAGGCGGCGGUGGAUGCUUCUAUUCGAGGGUCUGUAAUUUUAUCUUGA